GCACCCACGUCAAGCUAGCCGCGCGAAAUUAAUCCACAGUAGUGAGCAAGGAAAAAUGAGUUUCUCCGUAAAGAAGACCGGCGGCAGAAUGUGGCACGAGGCACGCAAGCAGGAGAAGAAGAUCCGCGGUAUGCUGGUCGAUUAUCGUCGCAGAGCGGAACGUAGACGGGACUACUACGAGAAAAUCAAAUCGGAUCCUACUCAAUUUCUCCAACUGCACGGUAGACCAUGCAAGAUACAUUUGGAUCCAGCGAUAGCUGCCGCGGGUGACAGUCCUGCAAAUAUGAUGCCAUGGCAGGGCAAUGAAGACAAUCUCAUAGAUCGUUUUGAUGUACGAGCACAUCUGGACUGGAUACCAGAGCCUGUGGAUACAAUUGAUGUUGAUAUUGCUCUAACGAGCGAAGACAGACACAUCAACUACGAGCGCUAUCGUAUAAUUGUGCAAAAUGAAUUUCUAGGCGUGACUGAAGAGAAAUUUCUUCAUCAAAUACAUUUGGAAGAACAGUUUGGUUCGUCGACAAAAUUGGAUGCUGCAAAGGAUAAGAAAAAAUCUGCUAAUAACGCUGCCAUUGGAUACAAUUAUGAAACCGAGGAACCGAUACCCGAACCAGUAAAAACUGUGGAUCCAGUUAUAUCGGAGGAAAAGGGAGAUGAUGAAGAUAGCGAUAUAGAUUUAGAUAUAUGCGUAGAUGUAUCCCAAAUAGAGCCAUCUCAGGCACAUGAGAUGAAUUUAGUAGCUCAAAAAUAUGGACUUUUAGGUGCUGAUUACUUUAGUUUUUUAACGCAAGAUUUUGAAGAAGCUGAAACCUUGCGACAGGCUCGUAAGCAAGAAGAAGAGAAAGCUAUGUACUCGGGUCGACGGUCGCGCAGAGAAAGGCGUGCAUUCAGAGAAAAGAAGAUGAUAGGUCGCGUUAUGAGUCCACCUAGUUAUGCAGCUAGAGAAAGCCCAGAGUAUAAUCCUUAUAGAAAAUCCUCUUCCAAAUCGCGAUCGCGAUCCACAUCACCUGUAAAUACGGGACAGAUUACUUACAUUACAAGCUUCGGUGGAGAAGAAGAGACUCACGGUAGCACAUCACAUGUAUCUUCGUCGAAUUCAAGAAAAGUCAAUUAUUCGUAUCUCAGACGGCGGAGAUCAGAUAGUCCUCCUUUCAAUGAUAGAAGUAUCAGUAAGAAAAUAUCCAAGUCCAGGUCAAGAAGUUGUUCACGUUCUGUUAGUAGGACUAAAUCAUAUAGAACACGCGAUAGGAAACGAAGUGGAUCUAGGAUGAGAUCUAGAAGAACGCGCUCAAGACCUCGAAAAUACACAAGGUCCCGUACAAGAAGUCGUUCCAGACGAUCGCGAACGCGAAGUAAAUCACGAUCGCGCUGUAGAAGUAUCAGCAGAUCUCGAUCGCGUUCAGUUUCUCGAUCGAAGACAAGAUCUAGAUCACGUUCACGUUUGAAGAGGUCAAGGAGUUCGUCUUCGAGCGCAUCGAAAUCAAGAUCGAGAUCUAAAUCGCGUAAUAGGAGCCAUUCCAGAGAUAGUUAUCGGAAAAGACGUUAUUCGCUGUCAAAGUCGAGAUCCAAGUCUCGUUCAAGAUCGAAGUCUCCAUCAAGAUCUCGGUCGAGAUCGAGAAGUCAAUCUAGUUGUAAACGUUCAAGAAGCGAUGAUAAUAAAACACCAGCACUGCCCAGGUAUUACGGCCGACGUGGAAAAUCAUCAAGUCUUGAACUAGAGCUGUCCGAUAACGAAGAAAAAUCCAGUCCAGCAGCAUCGAAGACACCUAUAAAUGCAAACGUGAACAAGCCAAAAGCAGGGUUAAGUACAAAUUCUGGUGGCGGACACAAAUCGUUGAAAAUUACACCUCAGGAGCGGCUUAAGAAGAAGAUGCAGGCAUUGUUGAACAGACAAUAUAAAGCUGAUAAAAAGGCCGAGCAGUUAAGAAUCGAGAAGAUGGAACAACAGAGACAGGAUCGGGAAGAUGAGAUUCGAGAAAUGUCUUUGAAACUUCGUAGAAAACAAAGAGAACGGAGACAUCGUUACGAAGGCCACAGUUCUGACACGCGGUCUUCUGUGUCUCGUUCACCAAGUCCGAGUCGUAGUCCACGACAUCAUACCAUACGUCGCGAUAGGCGAGAUAUGCGCGAUAGGCGAGAUAUGGACGGCGAUCGUGAGCGGGAUAGGGACAGAGAGAGAGAUCGGCGCGUUGAUCGCGACCGGAGUAGAACAGAGUCGCGUAGAAGAUACAGAGAUUCGCCACUUCGUUCGUUGAGUCCGAGAAGCAAUCGAGGCCUAGUCGACUAUUGACUUCAGGACACGCACUUAAUCUUCCAUCCAAAUGAUUUGAAACCGAUGUUUUGAAUGCUUCCCGUUCAAUUGCAUUCUUUCUUUAAACCGUUGUUAAUGUCCGAAAGAAUCGCUUAAAAGAGGGAAUAAUAUACCGACCUGCCGCAACAAUCUACUAAAAUGCGUCAUGAAUUAUAUACAGCGCGACUUAAUCCGAUAAUAUCAGAUACAUUGAAGUAUUUGUAUAUUACUUUUGCUCGCACCAAUUCGCGAUGCCUAUAUAAGAAUUAGAAGAAUUGCGUGAGAAUAGUUAAUAGCUCAUCGCAAAGAUCAUGUCUACAGUUAUUUUUAUUUCACAUGCAAAGUAAGGAAACAUGUAUAUUCAUGUUAUAUUCUAGAAUUGAGUGCACCCUUCGCUAUAUGUAUCUUUUAUUGUUAAAUCUUCAAUAAUAAAGAUUUUCAUUUUACAACAGGGGAAA